GGGAAUCCCCCGUGUAAAGACGCUUCACUACGACUAGUCCUACUGCUGCCGCCAGCAAUUCUGGGAAAAAUUGGCUUUCAGACAUACGUUCUUAUUUUUUUCUGAUUCGUUAGUUUAAAAUAUCAGUUAUAUGGUUAUAUAGGACUAUAUUUAAUUGCUUGUCUGUUAGUCCAAGCAAAGCUUAGACUCUACAAAUCGCCUUUUUCAGCAUUUGAACUUGAGCAGAUGCUGUGUGAAUGAGAAUGGCUUGUGGUGAUGAUGGGAAUAAUCUAGUUGUAUCACACCGAGAAGCCUCACUCCAAGGACAGGAUGAAAUGCAAAUUCUGGAUCAAAAGUUUCGGAGAGCUCUUUGCCUGACCAGAGAUGUGUGCAUCUCAAAAAUGCACCGGGAAGAUAUACAGCUUCUUAACAAAGCGAUGCAUGAAAAGGCUCAGUUGCUGAAUACCUCAAACAGGUUUCACUACAUCAAGCUUGCAUACCUUUUUGAUAUUUCGAGGGACGAAGCCCGUUCCAUAGAAUCGGCCGAGGGAGUUCUGGAUUAUCUCAAAGCAACGAGAGAGGUUGAACUGACUGUAGCUGAAUUCCUUCAGAAGCUGAAAAACUGUAAACAGUGUUAUGAUGUCGUGCGUAAGCUUGUUGACCAAAUAAUCAAUCGUGGGUAAAAUUAUAUUUGAUCACCGUUGAUUCAAAAUAAGGUAUUCGUGGAAGCAUAUUUUGUUGAAAUAGAAACGAAACGGAAAUAAGGUUCACACACAAAGGUUGCAUUUUAUUAGACAAAGACAGCUUUUUGGGGGACUCAUCACCAGUGUUGUUGCAAGACCUCUGAAAUAAAUUUCAUUGUUACAGACAAAUUUACCGAGGAAAACUGCCAACCUCUUUUUGCAAAGUUCAAAUUAACGCAAUUCGAUGUCCAGAAGUGGAUGUUGGUUUGUGUUUUCAAAAUGAUUCAGUACAAGUCAUGCAGGAUUUGUGAUCUAAUAGCAAAUUUUAUGAAUUGUAAGUCAUUCCAGUUGAGUCAUGUUGAAAGCUGGGCAUUAUAUGGGUUGAUGACCCAAACUGUUCAUUUCAGUUCAUUUGAAAUAAUCUGAAACACUCUUCAAUACAUUUCCAAUUCUUUCAGUCUCUGGGCACUGAAAAUAGAAGAGAACCGUUUGAGUAAUUGCGUAAAUACAAUAUAUUAUGUCUGCAAAGGUUUAUUACUUUAUACGUGACUUUAUCCAUCAGUGAAUUUGCAUGUGUUACCACGAUGGCAACAAAGGAUGAAAUUGUGAUUAAGACAGGGGAGCAAUCUCCCAACUCACCCUUGUGCAUAUUGCUGAGAAGUAUAGGCACCGUGAGUGUCUGCAAGCAAUACAGUUGCUGUCUUCAUUAUCCCCACGUCAUCAUUAAACCCUGAUCAAUGCCCAUCAAAAGUUAGUUACCCCAUGUUUAUUCUAGUACUGUAGUUUAAUCUGUCAUCUCUGUCAAUUGGAUUUUUUAGUGGGUGGGGAGAAGGUGUGCAUAUUUUUAACUCCUACCAUGUUAUAAAAGUACAGAAGCCACAGCAACAAUCCGAUUCAUAAGUGGAACAGUUCCAGUACAUGGAACCAUGUAACUGGAAAGUGAAGCGCAACUUGAGUGCUCACCCAAUGGAAGCUUGCCAUCAGUGGUGCAGGCACGUACGUGACAAAGUCACUUACGAACCGGAUUGGGCCACCUAGUCCUCUUUUGUUCAUACAAACAUUUUGGAAGACCUCCCAUAUAUGUUUUGUGCACAAUUGUCCAUCGGGGACCCUUGGUGAAUCAAGCUGCUCUGCAGUUAAUUAAGGACCUUUAAUAUUAAACAUUGGAAACAUCAAUUUCUUAUGCAUUUAUCUCAUUUUGUAAUUGCCCAGUGAUAGUACUCUGUUCAUAGAUAUUUUUGUAUAUGUAUGGAUUUUUUCAAAGUUUUGGGAUUAAAUUUGAAAGUUACAUUGUAUUUUAA